CGGCUGGGGCUCUGGCUCGGCCAGUCCCUGGUUCCGCUCCAUUAAGAGCAGCCUCCCCUCCUUCCUCUUCCUUCUGGGGAACCCUGGGCCAUGCUCUCCUCUUCCUCUCUGCUGCUGCAGGAGCCAGAAGCAGAGCCGGGCCCCCCCUUGGCCCCCUCUGGGCUGGAGCGGUUCCGGAGCCCAGGGAAAGGCCGGGGUCUGCGGGCUCUGCGAGGUUUCGUCCCCGGGGAGCUGCUCUUCUCCUGCCCGGCCUUCACCUGCGUCCUCACCGUCAACGAGAGGGGCAACCACUGCGAGGGCUGCUUUGCCAGGCGAGAAGGCUUAUCCAAGUGUGGAAGAUGUAAGCAGGCUUUUUACUGCAAUGUGGAAUGCCAGAAACAGGACUGGCCACUGCACAAGCUAGAAUGUUCUGCAAUGUGUGUGUUUGGGCAGAACUGGAACCCCUCGGAGACAGUGAGACUCACUGCGAGGAUUCUUGCCAAACAGAAAACACACACGGGAAGAACUGAGUCGGAAAAACUCCUCUCUGUGAAAGAGUUUGAGUCCCAUCUUGAUAAGCUGGACAAUGAAAAGAAGGAGCUGAUUCAGAAUGAUAUUUCUGCUCUCCAUCACUUUUAUUCAAAACAUAUAGAAUAUCCAGAUAAUGCAGCUCUUGUGGUCCUUUUUGCUCAGGUUAACUGCAAUGGAUUUACCAUUGAAGAUGAAGAACUUUCGCACCUAGGUUCAGCAAUAUUCCCUGAUGUGGCACUCAUGAACCACAGCUGUUGCCCCAAUGUGAUUGUUACUUACAAAGGGAUCGUGGCUGAAGUCAGAGCUGUUCAGGAGAUAGAACCUGGAGAUGAGAUAUUUACCAGCUACAUUGAUCUGCUAUAUCCUACAGAAGACAGAAAUGAUCGUUUAAAAGAUUCCUACUUCUUUACCUGUGAUUGCAGAGAGUGCAUUACUAAAGGAAAGGACAAAGAUAAACUGGAAAUCCGCAAAUUGAAUGAGCCUCCAUCAGCAGAAGCUGUGCGAGAUAUGAUCAAAUAUGCCAGAAAUGUGAUUGAAGAGUUCAGGAGGGCCAAACACUACAAAUCCCCAAGUGAACUGCUAGAGAUUUGUGAGCUUAGCCUGGACAAGAUGGGCUCCGUGUUUACAGAGAGUAAUGUUUACAUGUUGCACAUGAUGUAUCAGGCCAUGGGAGUCUGUCUGUACAUGCAGGAUUGGGAGGGUGCUCUACGUUAUGGGCAGAAGAUUAUCAAACCAUACAGCAAACAUUAUCCUUUAUAUUCCCUCAAUGUGGCCUCCAUGUGGCUGAAACUGGGGAGACUUUACAUGGGCCUGGAAAACAGACCUGCUGGUGUUAAGGCACUGAAGAAGGCAAUCGCUAUCAUGGAGAUAGCACAUGGGAAAGAUCAUCCAUACGUUAUAGAGAUCAAAAAGGAAUUAGAGGCCCACUGAGUCUUUGAAUCUAUGCAAUCCUUCAACCUUUCUUUAAAAGCCUUGCUAUGGAAACUUCAGGAGUGCUUUGAAAAUGGAUGUGGGAUGAAAGCGUUUUUGUAAAAUAAUUGGAAUGACAAACAUGUGGAGCACUUGGGCCUUGCCUCUUGCAUUGUCUGAGGUUUAUGUGAAAUAUCUUGAGCCUUGAUGAAUUAAUUUUUGAAUGCUUUUUCCCCCUAAGGAAAUGCCACGGUUUCAUAGAGUUCAUGCCUUUGAUCAGUCAUGUGCAGAAAUGACCAUUUCGUUUCUUUACACAUUUUAAUGUGUUAUGUACCUUCACCAUGCAGAGCAAUUAAUUAAAUUGGGACAACACUGAUUAAGCCUUGAUUGCUUGUUUGCCUCAUUAUUAUGACAUGCAUUUCGGCUUCCAAAAAUGUAUUGUAAAUCACUCCUUUGAAAUUAGUGUUUAUAACUUUUUCAUCUUUUGUAUACUUGCCACCCUGUGGUUAUUAUAAAUUUAGCAUGUUGUGUGUCUCCAACUGUCCAGUUUUCUUAGGACUUGAGCAUGUCAUGAUAAACUUAUGGUGAACAAAAAAGUAUGUUGGUAUAUGCUGCUUGAUCAUGUCUGCUUAGCUGUUUCAGUCAGAGUGGGCAGGCAAAUGAGGAAGACUUCAUCUGUGAUAUGUUUGCUCUCUUAACAAGUCAAAGUCAUAAACAAAGAAUAAAUCUUGAUUUACAUCUCUGCUUUGUUAGGAGAGAAACAAGUCAUAAAACUUGGUUUUGAACAUCACAAUGAGCAGAUUUUGAAUGGACAACCUUUCUGGCAUAUUUGGCCACUAAUGCUGCUAGGAGUCCAACAGGAGUGACUGAGCAGCACACACCAGCACAUGUUCAUCAUUCAUGACGAACCAGAAUUUCUGACUUAGUGUGAUUUUUGAAAUGCAGCCACUAUCUACAGGGAUUAUUAUUAUACUUUAUUUAUAUAGCGCUGUAGAUUUACACAGCGCUGUACAUACAGACAAUAUGAUAAAUGUGCAAUUCCCUGUAGUAGUCGUAUGUCUAUAUUUUAUUUAAUUUUAUUGUAUGCCACUUGACAUAAUAAAAUCUCAAAUCCACAUAUAUCCAUCCAUCCAUCCAUCCAUCCAUCCAUCCAUCCAUCCAUCCAGAGAUGGCUAUGCUUCUUCCUCUGUACUAUGCAAACACAUUGGAGUAAACAAGUUGAAAUGCAUGUAGAUGCCUUUUAAGAAGCAUAUGUUUGUCCAAUGAUCUGUGCUCAGCAGCUACAUCUGUAUGCAUACUUUGCCUUCUGCCAAAUAGAAGCCAGUGCGGAAAUGUAAAAGUGAAAUCUUUGGCUUUGUCCUGGUUGCCUAUAAGUAGCACUAUUCAAUGCAAUGAGACAACACUAACUACUGUACAUAAUAAAAUAUUGAACUUCCA